AUGGCAACAACAGAACUUCAAGAAAUCUCACAUGGAGAACAAAAAGUUGAAAUUCAUGGAGAUGUACUGGAAGCAAUACUCUCGUAUGUGCCACUCAUCGAUUUGGUGUCGGCCUCUAGUGUCUCCACGUCGUGGCGUUCCGCCGUGGCCUCCUCCCUCCUCCACCUCAAAAAGUCGAAGCCAUGGUUGAUCCUCUACAAACAAGCCACUCGCUCGCCUUAUACCGCUACAAUACUCGCAUACGACCCGUGUUCCAAUCGGUGGAUCAAAAUAUCCAAGCCGUCGAUGAAUUUCAACUCGGCACUCAAAUCGUCUCAGUCUAAUUUCCUUUACAUGCUUCCAAUCGUCGGCUUAGGUGGUGGUGGUGCCAGUCGUGGUGGUGCUAGUGGUGGUGGCGGCGGCGGCAGGGGUAGAGGGAAGGGAGAGAAAAUGGGUUUGAGAGAGAGAGAGAGGUGA